AUGGAGACACAGUCAUCAAAUGGGAAUGACGCGUCCGCACCAGCCACCAAAAGGCGUCGAGUUCCGCGUGCAGUCCUCGCUUGCGACAGGUGUCGACUAAAGAAGUACAAGUGCUCCGAAGCUCAACCAUGCAGUCACUGCAAGCGAAGCGGCGCCGAAUGCAAGUAUGGUAGAGGUUAUCGACCAGUGAACGAUCGAGCAUCGCUCACGAGCGAUAUCAGUAAUGAUGUAGGGCCUCUAAAUCUUGAUAUCCAAGAACCGAGCCCCGGUCUUGAAAUUCAGCUCUUUGGGAACCAUGGCCAACGACAGGAUGAGGAAUGCCUUCAAUCGCCAGUAUCGGCCAGGACCAGACUACCGCCCACAUCCAUCAGCGAUCCAUCAAACAGCCAGGUCCAGGUCCAGGCCCCAGCAAUUUCGCCAAGCGAGGAGAGCGAAAUCGCAGAAUUGAAUCAGCAUACCAACGGCAUCGAGUACCACGGCAACACGUCUUCCAUGUCCUUUUUGGAUAAUCUGCAAAGACUGCGUGAACAGAGACUUAUGUCAUCUAAUCCAGCCGAGCGCAAACCGUUUUCAUUUGUCUCAGUAUUGCACAACCCCAGUUUCGUGUCAAGACGAAGCUUCGCUUCAGAUCUGACUGGCACCCUCGCUGCCAGCGGAUUCUAUUCAAAGCGGGCCAACACAUUUAUCGAAGGCUACUUUGGAGGUAUACACUAUGUUCACCCGAUAAUUGACAAAGAAGACUUUCUGACCCGCUCCAAUGGGCUUUGGCGCGGUACGAACCAUAGCGAUGUGCACUUUAUCGUUCUCUACUUGAGCGUAUUGUCCUUGGGUGCCUUGACUCGCACUUGGAAUGAGGAUACGCUUGAUGGCCUUAGUCGCUUCCAAUGGAGCAGAAAGCUUUUUGCUGAAGCCCAGACGCUUCUGGACGACAUACAGUUCAGCAGUCAAAUGGAGACGAUACAGUGCUUCUAUGUCAUGGCCAAGGUAUGCCAGAAUGAACUAAAUCCAAAUCUCGCCUACAUGUAUCUGGGCUGGGCAAUACGUUCUUGCCUAGCUGUGGGGAUGAACCGCGAAAGGAACAGUCCAAAUGCAAAAAGUGUUUUAACAAUGUCAAGAACAUGGUGUGAAAUGAGCUUUCUUCUCGGUCGACCCGACACACUAGGUCAAGACCAAUAUCACAAUCGCGCAAUGCCUCCAAUCGAUGAUUCCGAAUAUGCCAUCAUCUCAGCAAUGGUACAGUUCGGUCGGAUCAUGCGAAAGGUCUCUAUAGGGAUAUAUCACUCUGAAUUACCAAUUCUUGAGACCAUUGAUUUGGCAUGUCAAAUAGAGCGCGAUUUGGACACUUGGCUCGAAGGCCUACCUCAACGACGAAACAUCUCUUUACGAGACCCAGAUUGGCGGCGGAAACAAAGACUUAUUCUGGAACUCAAAUACUACAAUGUCAUGAUGCUUCUAUUCCGACCGUUUCUCACUCGAUGCACACCAGAGCCCGACGAACAAUCGUCGAAUGCGUUGAAUGGAGCAGUAGACAAGUGUGUGUCGUCAGCUCAAAGGACUAUAGAAAUUAUGCACGAGACAUACAAGGUCCACACCUACUUCCGGACAUGGUGGUACAACACAACAUACAUCACAAUCGCAGCUUCUGUUCUACUCCUGUAUGAGUCGCGAACAAAGGAGCGCCCCAACACAGGCAAUCUUGCCUUGAUUGAAACGGCCAUGGAGAUUCUAGAAGCCAUGGACGAAUCAGUAGUGGCGCGGAGUGCUGCAGAAGUCAUCAAGCACUUUUUGCGAGAGCUCAACACUAUUCCCAACGGCACAUCGGAUAGAAUCGUCGUUUCGGACUCUAUCAACGUUCAACAGGCCCCUACACCUGGUCCAUGGACGUCCUUGGACGUAAGUGACCACUUGACUUCAUAUCACCUUGGAGAAUCUACUGAUGGCAGGCGGCAGUUUGAGUUGGCUGGCUUCGAAUUUUUGGACUUUCCACUAGGCGAAAUGAUAACUGUCUUUGACGAACUCCACAAGAGCCUUGAUCACAGCACACAGCCAGAGUGA